CAGCGAUCUUGCUGGACAAAAAGACCUCAAGGAUCCAUUCUUUGCUCAAGUGCCGGAAUUUCCGGUACUGGUGCAGUUACGGGACGGAAUCCAGGAUCUAUCUGGUCCUGUCCUGCUCGUACCCGGAAAGUGAAUCCGACGUGAGGACCCGUGAUGCACUAUUGGCAUUGACAUCAUGGUGGUGAGAUGCUAAUCAAGGUUCUGUGCUAUUUUGGGAUAUGGAGCUUGGAUGUUCUGGAAGCCUCUGAGUACCUUAGUGGGCUGUCGGCAUAGCCGGUUGGUCACUUGCUUGUUCACCGAAAACACCAUCGAAAUGCUAAAGGCCGGGAAUGUGUCAUUUAUUGAAUAGCUCCAUGAGACAGUUGACCCCAUUUACUAAUAGUGCAUAUCACUUUAGUUAGAAUGUCGGAUCAUGAGAAACAAAUCGCCUAGAGAUGGAAUCGUCAAUUUGACUUAGACUGGGUGUGCCGGUUUGCACAGCAGCGGACUUACUAAAGCCAAGCAAUGCAUACACAGGUGACGGAUUUCUACAAUCUUCAAGAAACUUGUAUCUCUACUAAUCAAGCUGAGUCCCACAAACAUACAGGUCACAAACAAUGCGUUGGGCAGAGACAACGGUGCAACAUCGUAUCCGUUAACGUCAGAUAUAGAGGAUCAAACUGAGCCUCACAAAGGAAGCCAAGGAUUAAAACAGUGGCUCUUCUCGCAUCGAAAAACUCCGUCAUGGCAACAAACAUACAUAUUCCUUAUGCAUAAUGGCUCAGAUAAGAUUACCACCAUCAGACAUAUAACCCGAUAGCCCGAAGCAAACCACUCCGACGUUGGAUCCCAGCGCAGCUCGGAUCAUUCAAUGUCCAUAUUUAGCAAUCAUACUGAAUCCCUUCAGUAAACUAACUCUCUUAUCGACCAAUAGAUGGGUAGAGAACCCCGCCGCAACAGUUCUGGACUGAAGAGCCAGAGUAUUUUACCCCGCCAAAUGCCAUUCACUCUGCUGAUAUUUGAAGCAAAUUUUCAGUAACAAGACCUAGGGCGUCCAAACCGCAUGUUUUUUUGCUCAUGUGGUGGAGAGCUCCGUCAUCGGGGAGAUUUUGACCAUCAUGUCAGUCACAGUAAUAGACAAAUUCCACUAUCGGCCAGACUUCCUCUGAUGUGACAUUUCAUUCUUGAAUCUGCAAUUCGAAUUCCUCUGCCGUGAGAAGUCAGGAAAAAGGUGUUGGAGUUGUACUAACCCCGAUUUGCUUUUGCUUCGCGCCGUUUAACCCUCCUCUCCUCGCUGGGUAUCUUGUCUCAAAACUUUCCUCCAAGUAACAAGCUCCAGUUCCGAACUUCGGCAUACACCACAGUAAGCAAGCAAAAGCAGCAGCAGUCAUGGAAUCAUUCAUCAUCAAGACCCCCAGCUCCAGCGCAAACAUCGGCCCCGGCUUUGAUGUCAUUGGCCUUGCUCUGUCCGUCUACCUUGAGCUUCACGUAACCAUUGAUCGGUCAAAGACAAAGUCCGAGCACCCACUCAACUGCAAGAUCACCUACGAAGGAGAGGGCGAGGAUGAGAUUAGCCUUGACCCCCAGGUCAACCUUAUCACACGUGUAGCGCUCUAUGUCCUGCGCUGCAACGACCAGAGGGCGUUCCCUGUUGAGACCCACGUGCAUGUCAAGAACCCUAUUCCUCUAGGUCGUGGCCUUGGUAGCUCAGGUGCCGCUGUUGUUGCUGGUGUUGCUCUGGGCAAGGAAGUUGGAGGAUUAAAGCACCUCGACAAUGACCGACUAUUCGACUACUGUCUCAUGAUUGAGAGACAUCCUGACAAUGUCGGAGCUGCCCUCUACGGAGGUUUCGUCGGAACAUAUCUCAAGCCCUUGACUCCCGAAGACGUUGCCCGAACCGAAAUUCCGCUUAGCGAAGUUCUACCUGCGCCGGCGGGAGGGGAGGACACUGGCAAGAAGCCGCCGAACCCUCCCAACGGAAUUGGUCACCAUAUCAAGUUCCCAUGGGCCAAGGAGAUCAAGGCUGUUGCUAUCAUCCCCGAUUUCCAGGUUGCUACACAUGCUGCACGAGGAGUGCUACCUGCGAACUACACUCGUCCCGAUGUGGUCUUCAACCUGCAGAGAAUUGCCCUUCUGCCCGUCGCCCUGGGCCAGUCCCCUCCCGAUCCCGAGCUCAUCCAUCUUGCCAUGCAAGACAAGAUUCACCAACCCUACCGCCAGACUCUCAUCCCCGGUCUGACCGAGAUCGUCGAGACAAUGUCCCCAAAGACUGACGAAGGCUUCCUCGGUGUCUGUCUAUCUGGCGCCGGUCCUACCAUUCUGGCUCUUGCCACACACAACUUCGAGGCUAUCGCCGCCAAGAUCAUCGCUAAGCUGCGAGAACACAACGAGAAGAAGGAUCUACCGUGCCAAUGGAUGGUGCUUGAACCCGCUGAGGGUACCCAUGUCAUCCGCUCAUGAGUAUGAAAUCGUGAGAACAAAUACCAUGAAGGGAAUCAAAAUGACCGCCCGACUAGAAUCGUGGCUGGGAUUGCAUAGACAUGUGUAUCACGUAAAAGGAAUUAUGUAUGGCUGGCAAACUUCUGAAGACCAAGGAUAGAGGGUCACGCCCAGGCAUGGAGUAUGUGAGAACGAUUCAAUGAAAAUAACGCAAUAAAAGGGAAGUUUAGAUAUACAAUUUAAUUCGAUUUACGAAAAUGGCAGGCGAGCUAGAUAUAUUGUUUAUGUGAUAUCUUGAACUACCUAGACUAUGGGACUGCAACGCGGUUGUUUGGUAAGUAGGACUAGAUUUCAUCAAAAGAUAUAUAUUUGAUCAGAAUAGAUUUG